CUGUUGAAUAUCAUGAUCGCAGGCCGUGAUACAACCGUAAGCUUGCUGACCAACACAUGGCACGCACUCUCUCAUCGACCAGAUAUCAUUGCUCGGCUUCGAGAGGGAUUAUUUACACAGCUGCAACUGGAACAACGACGACCGACUUAUGAAGACUUGAAGAGCCUGCCGUACCUGUCUGCAGUUUUCAAGGAGUCUCUGCGCAUACACCCGGUCACUCGCGAAGCUAUGAUACCAACAACGCUCCCCAGAGGCGGAGGGCCAGACGGUCUUCAGCCGGUAUUUGUGGCGAAAGGUCAAGCAGUCAUUUACUCGUUAUAUGCCACGCAGCGAGAUGUGGAUGUUCUCGGCAAGGACGCAGAUGAGUUCCGACCGGAGCGGUGGCUGGAUAUGGAGAGCGAGAAGGGCUUGAGACCUGGUUGUUCGUACAUACCUUUCAAUGCUGGACCGAGCAUAUGCCUUGGCCAGCAGUUGGCGCUGACAGAAGCCAGUUACGUUACUGUUUGCUUGCUUGAAGAAUUAAAG